GUGUGUGUGGUCGGACAUUACCUCAGAUCUUUACCUCUAAAAAACUGCCGAAAGUCCGUGAGAAUCGAGGAUGGCGGACCGCUACAACAUCCACAGUCAGCUGGAGCAUCUACAGUCCAAGUACGUGGGCACGGGGCACUCCGACACCACCAAGUGGGAAUGGCUGACCAACCAGCACCGUGACAGUAACGCCUGCUACAUGGGUCACUUCGACAUGCUGAACUACUUUGCCAUCGCGGAGAACGAGACCAAGGCCAGGGUCAAGUUCAACCUCAUGGAGCGGAUGCUGCAGCCGUGCGGGCCGCCGCCCGAGAAGCCGGAUUUCUGAACAACAAACAAACAAACAAACAACAACAACAACAGCUGUGCAGCCUGCUCGUCCUCCUGCACAUGCUCAGAAGAGCCUGUACAUAAUACUGCAGUACUAUUGGUCGUCAUUCCAUACCUGCUAAACUGGACAGAUUCUCAUCAGUAUUUUACAUCAUUCGAUACUGUACUCAAGGAAGGAUAUGUCCAUGUACGAUUGCAUGUCCAUUCUAUAAUAUUUGGUAGUGAAAGAUUUAACUACAAAUAUCUCAUCCUGAAUGUCCGGUGAUACAAAAAUCAUGUCAUCUCCUGUUCCUUUUUACCUACACGUGUACGAGCCUUUUUUGUAAUAAAGAGUGUAAAUGUACGAAGGGAA